GCCAACUCGGUCAAAUAAAUGUACAAAUGCAUCAGAUCCACAAGUCUCAUCUGCAGAAAACGUUUCAGCAUCUGAUUGAGGGCGUACCAAAUCAGGGAGACGCCAGACUCAUCCAUGAGAUCUACACAGAGCUCUACAUCACAGAGGGGGGAAGAGGAGAGGUCAAUGAUGAACAUGAGGUCAGACAGAUAGAGAGAGCAUCCUGGAGAGAAGCAGCACAAGACAGACCAAUCAAAUGCAGUGACAUCUUUAAACCCUUAUUUCAACGACACAAACCCAUUAGAGUGCUGACAAAGGGAGUGGCUGGCAUUGGAAAAACAGUCUCUGUGCAGAAGUUCAUUCUGGACUGGGCUGAAGGAAAUGCCAAUCAGGAUGUCCACUUCAUAUUUCCUCUUCUUUUCCGAGAGCUGAACCUGAUGAGGGAAAAGAAACUCAAUCUGGUGGAUCUUAUUCAGCACUUUUACCCUGGAAUGGAUUCCACAGUCUUCAGCAGUUCACAGAACAGAGUAAUGUUUAUCUUGGAUGGUCUGGAUGAGUGUCGAUAUCCUCUAGAUUUCCGCUCCAACCGGAGGUGUUGUGAUGUGACAGAGCCAGCCUCAGUGGACGUGCUGCUGACAAACCUCAUCAAGGGGAAUCUGCUUCCCUCUGCUCUCCUCUGGAUCACCACCCGACCAGCAGCAGCCAAUCAGAUCCCUCCUGAGUGUGUGGACCAGGUGUCAGAAAUAAAAGGAUUCAAUGACCCACAGAAAGAGGAGUACUUCAGGAAGAGAAUCAGUGAUGAGAACCUGGCCAACAAAACCAUCACACACAUGAAGUCAUCCAGGAGCCUCUACAUUAUGUGCCACAUUCCAGUCUUCUGCUGGAUUUCAGCCACCGUUGUAGAGAGAACGUCAGAUGAAUCUGAGAAAGUACAAAUGCCAAGGACUUUGACUCAGAUGUACACACACUUCCUGAUCAUUCAGACAAGCACCAAAAAAGAAAAGUACACAGAGAGAAAAGAGACAGACGAAGAGAUGAUUUUCAAACUGGGGAAACUGGCUUUCCAACAGCUGGAGAAUGGCAAUCUGAUCUUCUAUGAGGAAGACCUGAGAGAGUGUGGCAUAGACAUCACAGAAGCAUCAGUGUACUCAGGAGUGUGUACUCAGAUCUUCAGAGAGGAGGCUGGGCUGUACCAGGGGAAGGUGUUCAGCUUUGUGCAUCUGAGCAUUCAGGAGUUUCUUGCAGCUUUACAUGUGUUCCUCUGCUUCAGCAACAGAGAGAGAAACAUGCCUGACCAACAGCAAACCUCUCAGCUCUCUGGUCUUUUCAGAGCUGCAACACUUCAUGACCUACACAAGACUGCAGUGGAUCUGGCCUUAAGGAGUGAGAAUGGACAUCUGGACCUUUUCCUCCGCUUCCUCCUGGGUCUCUCACUGGAGUCCAAUCAGAAUCUCUUAAGACACCUUCUGCCCCAGACAAGAAGCCAAUCACAGAGCUCAGAGCAAACAGUCCAGUAUGUAAAACAAAAGAUCAUAGACCAGAAGACGUCAGACAGAAGGAUCAACCUGUUCUACUGUCUGAAUGAGCUGAAUCACCAUGCUGUGGUGGAGAACAUUGACAGGAGCUCAGGAGCUCUGUCUGUAGAAAUGCUCUUACCAGGAAAGUGGAAGACUACGAGGUUUAGGUUUGAGAUUUCAGAAGAGCAGCUGGAUGAAUUUGACCUGCAGAAGUACAUAAAGACACCAGAGGAAGAUCAUACUGAACUCCUCCGUCCAGAUGAUGUUCUUCAGAGGCUGGUGCCAGUGGUCACAUCAGCUUUGUAAGUAAACCUGCAAUCUGUGACUGUGUGUGUGGGGGGAUGCUAUGAGUAGAGUGAUUGUGAGUCAAAUA